UUCGCGGAAAAAAAAAGUUUUCUACAGUGGAACUGGAACGAGAGAGACGACGCAACAGAAUCUCAAGAUCGAAGAACACUGAAGUGAAUUCGAAGGAUUGAAAGCAACAAUCUCUCAAUCGAUUUCUGCAAUCUCUCUCUCUCUUGUGCCCCAAUUCAGCGGAGAUAGAGGCGGACGCAGUGUGAAGCAUAUCUCCAGAAUCGGGGGGAAGAGGCAUACAAAUCUGGCGAAAGUGGAGGGGUUAAGGGCGAGGCCGUGGCUCAAGCCAGGAUCUUAUGCAAAUGGAGAUCAAUACGACUACGACGGCGAUGAGGAUGCCCAUUCGAGGCCUUGGUGGCGGCGUCGCCUCAGAUCCUUGUAUAUGGCGGCGAGUUCAUUUACUCCGUCCACAUUUCGAAUAGCAAUCUCGCUCCUCCUCCUUGUCGCUAUCGGCACCGCUUUCAUUUUUCUCCCCGUUGAACAGAAAUUGAAGGACUUCUUGUUAUGGAUUAAGGAAGAUCUUGGACCCUUUGGUCCACUUGCAUUGGCUUUGGCUUAUAUUCCCCUCACAAUUGUGGCGGUUCCUGCUUCUGUACUUACGCUAGGCGGUGGUUAUCUUUUUGGCCUCCCAGUUGGAUUUGUAGCCGACUCUCUUGGAGCUACGUUAGGUGCAACAGCGGCAUUUCUGCUUGGUAGAACGAUUGGUAAAUCUUAUGUCACCUCAAAAAUAAAGCAUUACCCAAAGUUUCAAGCUGUUUCCGUUGCAAUUCAGAGAUCUGGCUUCAAGAUAGUUUUGCUGCUGCGUGUUGUCCCCAUUCUGCCCUUCAAUAUGUUGAAUUACCUCCUAUCUGUCACCCCAGUUCGCCUAGGGGAAUACAUGCUGGCCACUUGGUUGGGAAUGAUGCCCAUUACGUUUGCGCUAGUUUAUGUUGGAACUACUCUGAAAGAUCUGUCUGAUAUUACACAUGGAUGGCAUGAAGUGUCAGUUUUUCGUUGGGUACUAAUGAUGGUUGGCAUUGCUCUAGCUGUAAUUCUGAUAAUAUGCGUAACAAGAGUGGCGAAGUCAUCAUUGGAGAAAGCAUUGGCUGAGAAUGCAACUGAUAUAUUAGAUGGGAAGAAGAAUGAUGACACAUCCAUGCUCCCCAUCGCAGAACCACCACCACCAACGGAUCAUCUACACGAGCCUCUCGACAUCAGAAUCGACCCAUAAGAAAGAACAAACAAAAGAAACCAAACCUCUUGAGUUUGUAAAUUUUCCAGAGACUUUUUUUCACCGAGGGAGAAUAUUAUUUGAUUACGUUUUGUAUAGCCCAUAAUAAUACAUAAAUUCACCGUUUAAGUAAGUCGUUCCUUUUUU